UGUGUGUGUGUGUGUGUGUGUGUGUGUGUGUUGUCACUAGAGAGAGAGAGAGAGAGAGAGGGAGAGAGUGGAGUCGUGUCCCAUAUGUGGAAAAAACAUAGCCCUGCACACACAUACACGCGAGCGCGGGGAUUAUCUAACUGGUUCUGAAUCUGAUGAAGAAAUGCAGGCAUGAGGAGGGAAAGGAUCUGGAUCUGUAGUGUCCCAGUGCAAGCACAAGCCAGCGAUGGACUAUAGCCGGACAUACGCUAAUCUGGGUUCCCCUGCAAACCUGUCACCUUAAACCAGCCAAGGUCCGCAGAAUGCUGAGUCCCAUUGUCCCAUAUACAGGCCUGUUGAAGAUGCACUGGAACCCGGAGCAUGCCCAGCCCCUGAGCCAAUGGCCUGAGCAGCAUUUGGACGUGUCCUCCACGACCUCCUCUCCAGCCCACAAGUCUGAGCUUUACCCCCACCGAGGCCGCGGCUCGUAUAGCUACGCCUGGGCCAACGAUGACAUCUCGGCUUUGACCGCGUCCAACCUUCUCAAACGCUAUGCCGAGAAAUACUCGGGUGUUUUAGACUCGCCCUAUGAGCGACCAGCCGUGGGUUCAUACCCUGAGCCAGGGGCCUUUGGGGCCCUUAAUGGGAGCCAGAAGAGUGAACUAGAGCCCUGGCCUCUUACGCACAGCACUGAUGUGGCUUACCCUUUAGUACCCCCCUCAUCCCAUGACUCCCUGACUGGCCCCAAGGUCGCGCCUACGUCCGUGGGACCACCUGUGUCAGCGGUGAGCAGCAACCUUUCGGACUCGGGCUACAGUGGGAGCAGCUCCUGCAGUGGUCCAAACUCCAGCGAGUACCCCCCCAGCUAUAAUGGCACCUACCUCUCCUCAGGCUAUUGCCCCCAAGCAGGCUCAGCACUUCCCUCUGCCCCUCUACAUGCCCUGCAGUCCACUCCGACUCUCGUGCCUAGCUACACACCCUCUGCUCCUGUCUACAACUACCCCCCUAGCACCUAUCCCCACCAGACCAGCCUCGCUCCAACCUACAGCCACCCCACAGCCCCGUACCUGCCCUCUGGCAUUGCCGCUCCUACCCCUAUCACCUCAAGGCCCACGGUAGUGGGGGGCAGUUAUGGCUACCAGAACAGUGGCAUGGGCAGCUCCGAGCCUGGGGGCUCCCUGAAGAGGAAGGCAUUUGAGAUGAGCCUCGAUGAAGAAGAUGGAGACAGCUCGCGCUACAGGAAGUAUGGCUAUGACCCUUUGAAGUCUGGUGGUGAUUCACCGUACAGUGUAGGUGAUAAAGCGGAAUGUCGCGGAAAUGGCUUUGUGGAUCCCCAGGCCUUCAAGCCUAGCAAACCCUCAUCCCAGUCAGGCCUGGGGGGCGACGAGGUGGGCAAGUACAGCAGCCUGAAGCCCCUGCUUUCCCCACCCUAUGGAGCGGCAGGUGAUUACAGCCCCCCAGCACCUAUGACAGGAGAAAAAGGAGUGGAACAUGGGUUCUCCCACAAAUGCACCCCUGAGCAGUUGAAGAGUGCAGACCAGCGCCUCCUUGAGGUGGUGAAUAAUGAGUUGCAGGACUGCACUCCUGCACCGCUGUGGACGGACCUGGCAGGCCACGGUCGUGUCAAAGAUGCCAUCGAAGAGGACCUUCUGUGGCCAGUGUUGCGCCCUGAUCCGGCUGUGCGCCCGCCCAGAACUGUUCUGCUGUUUGGCCCUCGAGGAGGGGGCAAGACCACGCUGGCCCGCAGCAUUGCGUCCCAGCUGGGGGCUGUCUUCUACAAGCUUAGCGGUAGCACACUAGCAUCCAAAUGGAAGGGCGAGGCAGAGCAGCUUCUAGCCACUCUGCUCUCGGUCACUGUGGCCCGUCAGCCAGCUGUGGUACUGCUGAGCGAGGUGGAGGCAAUGGCGGAGGAAGAAGGUCUCAGGCAGCAUCUGCAGGCUCACCUGGAGAAGACCCAGCGCGGCCAGGCCGGUCCAUUGCUGGUGGUGUGUUCCACAAGGCGGCCAGACCUGCUGAAGGAGCCUCUCCUCCGCUGUAUGUCCAAGCGCUACCAUGUGGGCGUGCCGGACUUGGGCGCACGGAGGCAAGUGCUGCUGCAGGCGCUGGCGCCACAAGGCUGCGGUCUGAGCGAGAGAGAACUGGCCGUGGUGCUGCAGCGGGCAGAGGGCUUCUCCAUGUUGGAGCUACAGCAGCUCUGCCAGCAGGCCCUGGCUUCAGCCUCAGCCUCAGCCUCUAGCCAAAUGCACGGCCUCUCCGGGCCCCUCUCCUCUUCGCCGGCCUUCAAAGACUUCGAGAGCGCCUUCUGCAAGGUACGGCCACACGGCACCCCCAAAGAACCUGACACUUGUAUGGAAUGGAGCAAGGUGUACAGCCACUGAAAGACAAGUCAGCCACUGGAUCGGGACUGCUUAAUCGUGUUUUCGGUGUUGAGGAGUAAAAACCUCGUAAAUCUUUUUGUUUUCUUUCUCUUUUUUUGUAGCUACUUACUUGCAGCCAAAAAGUGGGGUUGUGUUGGGAGACUACAUUUUAUUGGUGACGAAGCAUUUUGGAUUGAAUGCUUUUUUUGUUUGUUUUUCUUGGAAACAUGCCGUGGUGUGUUGUUUUUCUAUAAAUAUACAUAUACUUUAUUUUUUUUCCCCAAAGAAAUUAAAUAUUAGGCAUUUCUUGGAGGGGGGGAGGCAAUUGUUAGUUGCUGGCUUACAUGAUAGGAAAUCUGAAAUAUAUUCUGGAGGUUCACUAGAAUUCCAAUUAGCCUUGAUUCUGGAAUGAACCCAGAUAACGUAGGUUUUGAGAAAUCCCCCCAUUAACUGCAAUUUUCAGAACCCUAUUUAUUGUCUGUCCACUCCAAUGGCAUUAUAUUUUUUAUUAUUAUGAUUUACUCUAAUUUGAUCAUUUGGUGAUAAAGGGCUUGGGGUAUAUCAGAGCAUACAGAAUGUUUUUGACCAAAAAUGAUCAAAGAAGCAUCAUAUCGCUUUUUAAAUAAUAUCUGCCCUAUUGACAGCAUUUUACCAAAAGGCAACAACAUUUAUGCAACCUGUUUAAAACCAACAGUAUUCUGCAAGAGAAUGAGAAGUUGUUAGACCGUGGUCAUAUUGUGUGCACUUUGUCAAAGCGCGGUCUUUUUAAGAACAGUGUAUGCAUUGCUACCCAAAUAGUAUUAAGACAAUAUGAGAUGUAAGAAGUAAGACGAGAGAGACUGGCCCUUACUGUCUGUACAAUCUUCUCUGUACACUGUACCAAACAAACAAAGAAAAAGCAAGUACAUCUAAUAUGGCUACCACAGAGACCACGGUGUUCUGGGGGUAUUAAGCCCAUAACCCUCAACCACGAGUUCCUGUAGUUCAUUUCACAUUCCUCAUCCAGUUUCCGAUUUCCUGCUUUGGACCCCUGGAAAAAACACAAGAACAAGAAGAAUGGGUUCCUCAAACGUCUAGUAUUCUCUUCUACUUACUCUUUUGUUUUGUUUUUUUUUCUUAGUAUAUGUAGUCUUGUUUGAAAUACUCAGGAAGAAUUUCUUUACCUCAGAAAUGAUAAAGAAUGUAUGUAACCUUAGGGUCUUAGUAGUGAGUUAUGAGGUGUUUCGGAGGUGAGAGACAAACCUGUCACAGACCUGUACACACACUGCAGCUGUGGUAUUACCUCAUAGGAGAAACUUGAAAAUGCUACAAAGACUAACAUUGAAUGUAAUUCAGGUAUUUCAGAGGAUAUCUGAUGCCAUAAAAAAUCCACAUUUUGUAAUUCUAUAUAAAUACAUAUUUCCCUCAUCCUUUCCCUUUAUUUCUGAUGUAGAUUUCGAUGGAGUGAUGAUUGUCUUCAUGAAAUGUUAUAGUAGAUGGCAGACCAAAUGCUACAUUUUGUUGGACAAACUGUUUCGAACACCACCAUGUUCACAACUUAUUCCUUCCCUGGUGCAAGAUGAAUCUGUUUUAAUGAAUACAGGUUCUUGAAGAAAUGGUUCAGUGAGAAAUCAAAUGUACACAAUUUUCCACUUACUUCAGACGUGGUUGAUGAGUCAAAUCACAAAACUUGGCUUCUUUAGUGCUCCAGCUACAAGGCUAACCUUGCUAACAAACACCAGACAUCAAUAGUCACCCAGAACUUUUCUGUAAAUACACCCACAAAACUUCUCUCAACCAGCUCAGAAGGCAUCCAGGUCUGCGUUAAGGUUGCUCAGGUUUAGGACAGUAUGGCUUACUGUGAACUAAGAGAAUGAACUUCACUGUGUUGCUGAAUGCAGACAUAUGAACUCUAGCUUAAAGUAGUGAUUUCUGUUGUUUCUAUUUGUAAAUAUUUAUCUUCAGAUAGAAAAUUCAAGGUUAACAGUUAUUUAUAAAAGGAAACAACAGAUAUUGCAGACAUACUUUGUAGCAUGCACGUGAUGGGGAGUCGAAUUCAAUAUAUCUGUCGUCUGAAGUGGCUGCCCCCAGCGUUCAGCUACACUGGGAAGUUCACAGUACAUCAUACUGCAUCCUAAACCACCUUGACAAGUCUGAAUCACCUUAAUGAAGAACUAAAUGCAGUUUUAGAAGUUUUGUGUAUAUUUUUGUGGAAAAGAUUUGGGUAAAUAUUGACUUUAUUUGCCUUGUAGCUCCAGUGUAAAUAGGGCAGAACUAGAGCAAAUUUUGGACACCGAAAUUAUAUGUUUUGGCUGAUCGAUUGCAUCUGAGGUAAGUAAAAAAAUAGUGUACAUUUUUUGACCUAACCAUUCCUUUAAUAUGUUUAAAAACACACAGAUCAUGCAAAAUCAUGAGUACGGUCACUUUCAGUUACAAUGUUAAUAGGAACCAACCCAAAGAUUAAUCAGAACACAUUUGUAUGCAAUUGGCAGCUAAUCAUGUCUAAUAAUCGAUUGUAAAUGUGUCUCAACAUGUAGACAAUCCAGAAGGAGCAGCUUCUACCAAGUUAGUUUCUCUAUAUUCUGGCGAUUACUGCAGUGCCACAGAUUCAGCAUCUCAAACAUCAACAGCAUUUGUUCUGUUUAUGCUUUCAUGUAAAAACCAAACUUACAGAAUCACUGCACCACAAACAUAUUCCACCGUCCUUUUUAAAAAAGUGAGUAAACAGGUUUUCUUAUGGCACCGACAAUAUUUGUGUUGUUUAUGCUAGAUUAUCUGCUCAGAAAAAACAUGUAAUUUACUUGAUUCAAAUGUGAACAUCAGUUAUUCAACAAUUAUAGCCAAAAAAUUGUACAUCCAAAACUACACACACUGAAAGACGAAGUUAUGUUGAUGUAAGAUACUUUAUGUGAAAAUAAAUGCACCAAAUGAAACACAUAACUGUUUUCAGUGUGGUGUGAUAGGGCUGUAUGGGCUUGUUUGGGUUAGGCUAUGUUUUGGCUUGUUCGGAUGGCCUAUAGUGUGAUGUAAUAGGUCCCCACCCCACCCCUCUCCUGGCCCCGUGUGGCUAGCUGUGCUCCCCUCCCCCGCUCCUCCACAUCACCACAGCCUUUUGGAGUAGCCAUAUUCUCCCCUGAUGUCCGGUAACCCUAUAGCACCAUACGACCCCUCAAGCCCAGCUGCUGGGUUCAGUCAUUGCCGUGCAGGCCGGUCAAUCAGAAUGAUUCUCACAGAUCGUACUGAGCUGUGUCUACGUGACAGAAAACCACAAGGCCCAGGUGACUUAGAUGCUCAUGCUACACAUUGUUGACCACUGGCCACUCCUAGUUACGCUGAGAGAUGUUUUAUGUAAGGCUUUUGUCCCGCUUCUCAAAAAAUCAAUACAAUUCCAAUGUUGCAAACCUUUAAAACGAUAUAGGCCCAAAUAACAGUUUGUUCAACAAAAUCAGCAUUUCGUAACUGUUUUAAUCCAUUAGUACAGUAACUUUGUUUUUGGUUAUUGUUCUUGUACAUUUUCUGUAACCAUUUCUACCUCAUUUUUUUGCGACAUAUUGUACAUGAAAGUAUUUAUUUCAUGUCUUUUUUGAUGUCUGUUUUAAAAAAUGAUAAUGUUCUUGAACUGUAAUGGUCUACCUCAGAAAAGACUGUAUUUUAAGAGAAAAGUAUCACACAAUAUUAAAGAGAAUAUGUCAA